UUAUUUUUCGAAUAUAUAAGGAGGUGGAGGUGGCAGCUGCCCAGCUCAGCGUCCUUCCCUCCCUUCCUCCCUGCAUCCCUCUCCUCACUCCCAGGCCCAUUGCUCUUCCUCCCUUCUUUCCCUCCCUCCUUCCCCUCACCCCAGGCUCGCUCUCGGAGCCGAGCCAGCUGGAUCAGCGUCUGCUCGCCCUCGUGCUUGUGGCCCUGUAGCUAGCCUUUGCCCACCCCACCACGAUGGAGGUGCACCAGCAGAAGUCUACGCCAGGCUUGGCUCUCAUUCCUGACCUCGAGCUUGGUGGCGUUCAGCGGCCGCGCCACCUCUCAGGCUUCGGGUUGGAGUCUGAUGGCUUCCUGGGGUCUCCGGAGCGCGCGGCUUCCUCCUCUCCGGUUACCAGUCUUACCCAGACCAUGCAUGACCUCGCUGGGCUCGGCAGUGAGACCCCAAAGACUCAAGAAGGAAAUCUGUCAUUCCAAAACAGGCUGGUGGGCCUAUCUCUGUCCAGGCGUACCUCCCUGUCAUCCGAAUCCUCGGAAUCUUCUGAUGCAGGUCUCUGCAUGGAUUCCCCCAGUCCUAUGGACCCACAGAAGGCAGAGCAUGCGUUUGAACAGGCCAUUCAGGCAGCCAGUCGGGUCAUUCAAAAUGAGCAGUUUACCAUAAAACGCUUCCGAUCCUUGCCAGUAAGGCUGCUGGACCACAGCCCUGUGCUACAGAACAUCACCAACUCCCAAGCACUGUACAACCGGAAGAAAAAUGAAGCAGGCUACAGAGCUGCCGACAGCCCCGGGGAGGACAAAGAGAAUGAUGGAUACAUCUUCAAGAUGCCAUGGAAGUCCACUCAUCCCAGCCCUGCCCAAGCCCUGGCUGAGCGGGCCAGCCGCAGAGAGGCCUUUGCCCAAAGGCCAAGCUCAGCCCCUGACUUAAUGUGUCUUACCCCUGAACGGAAGAUGGAAGUAGAGGAUCUGAGCCCUACGGCCCAAUCUUCCUCUUCGUUGACUCCUGUUGAAAGGGCAUCUGAAGAUGAUGAUGGGUUUGUGGACAUCCUGGAGAGUGAUUUGAAGGAUGAUGAUGUGGUCCCCCCAGGCAUGGAGAACCUCAUUAGUGCCCCACUCGUCAAAAAGAUGGAUAAGGAAGAGGAACAGGAUCUCAUCAUGUUCAGCAAGUGCCAGCGGCUCUUCCGCUCUCCCUCCAUGCCAUGCAGUGUGAUCCGGCCCAUCCUCAAGAGGCUAGAGCGGCCCCAGGACAAGGACACGCCUGUCCAGAGCAAGCGCAGGAAGAGUGUGACACCCCUGGAGGAGCAAGAGCCUGAAGAACCUAAGGCCCGUGUCUUCCGCUCAAAGUCCCUGUGUCAUGAGAUUGAAAGCAUCCUGGACAGUGACCACCGUGGACUGAUCGGAGAUUACUCUAAGGCUUUCCUCCUGCAGACUGUGGAUGGCAAACAUCAAGACCUCAAGUAUAUCUCACCAGAAACUAUGGUGGCCCUGUUGACAGGCAAGUUCAGCAACAUGGUGGAGAAAUUUGUAAUUGUGGACUGCAGAUACCCCUAUGAGUAUGAAGGCGGACAUAUCAAGAAUGCUGUGAACUUGCCCCUGGAACGGGAUGUCGAGACCUUCCUGCUACAGCACCCCAUCAAGCCUUGCAGCCUGGACAAGAGAAUCAUCCUUAUUUUCCACUGUGAAUUCUCAUCUGAGCGCGGGCCCCGCAUGUGCCGGUUCGUCAGGGAACGGGACCGCGCAGCUAACGACUACCCCAGCCUGUACUACCCUGAGAUGUAUAUCCUCAAAGGCGGCUACAAGGAAUUCUUCCCACAGCAUCCGAACUUUUGUGAGCCCCAGAACUACCGGCCCAUGAACCACGAGGCCUUCAGGGAUGAGCUGAGGACCUUCCGCCUCAAGACACGCAGCUGGGCUGGGGAGCGGAGCCGGAGGGAACUCUGUAGCAGGCUGCAAGACCAGUGAUGAGUCCUGCUGCCACCCUUACCUCAUGGGGUCUGGUAGCCAGUGGGUCCCAUGGGCCUAUAAGGCCACCUACUUGCUACAGGCCUCAGGUGCUAUUAUUGGGUGUUGGGGGAAUGGUGUGGUGUUACAUCUUGUCUGUCCCUGUUCUUGAUUCUCCUGUCUUACUCCACUAAUUUUCCAUAUCUUGGUGCCAGUCUCAUCUUGAAGAGCCCAGCCUGAUGGGUGGACACCAGCCAGGAGGAAGUGCUUUGUGUUCAUGGGAGCCUUUUACAGUCCUUUUUCCUUGUUUGUAUUAACGAUUUGUCUUCCUGUGUUCAGAAAGCCCCCUUUGUGGAGAGACCCUCAGCCCUUUAGAAUGAGCGCAGUAGCUCCUUGGGUGGUCUGGGAGCCGCAUGCUACCCCUGCUUCUGCACAGGCUGUUUGCUUUCUUCUCCUGGCCUUUGCACAGCACCUUCAUCGAAAACAUAAGCGCUUACUUUUUCCUGUUGUCUUAUCUGCAGCUUUUAUUUUUGUUUGUCUGACUUAGCCUGUUUCAGGACACACUGACAGCUGAGUAGGCUCCCUCAUACAUCUGGGGGUUAGAGAUUCAAAUAGCCCUUACUCAGUAGACCUGGCUUUUGUUAGCCCAGAAAGGGACCUUCUCCUUUAAUGCCCCCAAGGCAAGGGCAAAGGCCUGCUUCAGGAGCUUCUGGGAGUCCCCUCCCUGCUGCUGUGAACUCUAGAGCCUCACUGGUCAGGGCUUGCUGCUGAGCAGGACAGUCACUGAGCUUCCCUUUUGACCCUGUCUUCUCCUUCCCUUUCUUCCCUUGAGUCCUUACCAUGUCUGGUCCAGAAAACCUCUUAGUGUAUGUGUGUCUUUUUGUUUUGUUUUGUUGUUUUCUGUGUUGCUGUACUAGUGACUGAGUCUGGGCCUGUUGUAGAUGGACAGGAGUCUGGGUAGUCAUGGAUGUACAGUGCCUUGCACACAUGUAUGCACACAAACUGGGUGGAAGGAUUUUGGUGAGCAUGAUGCAUAUGGCAGGAGUGUAUGUAUGUGUGUGUGAGCAAAGUCUUUACACUUAGCGUUUGGAAAUAUUAAAGGAACAUUGUCAUGGAAGCAGCUAAAUAACAAAACCAAGCAACCUCUGGGCUCAGAAUCUACAUAUGGGAAGGUCAUGCUGGAAAGCCCCUGUGAGUCCUCUGUUAGGGCCUUGGUUCAAUAAAACACUGAGCAAGUUGAAUAA